CCAAUCGGAUUUUGCAAAGCGUCCUAAGCUGACGUCAGCCCGGUACCGAUGAACAACCGGCAUAGGUGGAGAGAGAGCUGUAUGGUUGCCCGUUGUUUGUAGCUUUUGUCCGCUAAUCCCCCUGUCAAACGUGCAAGCAUCAUGCCUUUCGAUGUCAGGAGAUUCGAUAUCUACAGGAAAGUGCCAAAAGAUCUCACCCAGCCCACGUACACAGGAGCUUUCAUUUCCAUCCUCUGCUGUGUCUUCAUACUCUUCCUGUUCCUGUCUGAGCUGACGGGAUUCAUAGCCACUGAAAUUGUAAAUGAACUGUAUGUGGAUGAUCCUGAUAAAGACAGUGGUGGGAAGAUAGAUGUGAGUUUAAACAUCAGUUUGCCAAACUUACACUGUGAUUUGGUGGGUUUGGACAUCCAGGAUGAAAUGGGCCGCCAUGAGGUCGGUCACAUAGAUAACUCGAUGAAGGUUCCCCUCAACCAGGGAGACGGUUGUCGCUUUGAAGGAGAGUUCACCAUCAACAAAGUGCCAGGAAACUUCCACGUGUCGACACACAGCGCUACAGCUCAACCUCAAAGCCCUGACAUGACCCACAUCAUCCACAAGCUGGCCUUUGGAGAAAAGCUGCAGGUUCGAAAAGUCCAAGGCGCCUUCAAUGCGUUAGGAGGAGCUGACAAGCUGUCAUCUAAUCCUCUGGCUUCACAUGACUACAUACUGAAGAUCGUUCCAACAGUUUAUGAAGACCUGUCAGGCAAACAGAGGUUCUCCUACCAGUACACGGUAGCCAACAAGGAAUAUGUUGCUUACAGCCACACGGGCAGGAUCAUCCCGGCCAUCUGGUUCCGAUACGACCUCAGUCCAAUCACAGUCAAGUACACAGAGAGGAGACAGCCCCUGUACCGCUUCAUCACAACAAUCUGUGCCAUCGUUGGAGGGACGUUCACAGUCGCAGGCAUCAUUGACUCCUGUAUAUUCACCGCUUCAGAGGCCUGGAAGAAGAUCCAGAUAGGAAAAAUGUCCUGAGGACUGCUCCUCAACCCGCCCUCACGUCUUAUUUAUAAGUACAAAGUACCUAGCCUGUUAGCUAAAUCCAAUCCUGCUCGAACCAGCUUCCUUGUGGAUGACCAAUGAAGUGGCUCCGGCACUCGAUCUAACUAACAGGCUACAUGGCCGCAUCUCCGUUAACGAAGCUCCUCUCAGUGCUCCAUCUGCUCUGGUGACGUGUGGACGCUGACUAUCACAUGUCCGCUUCCUCCGUCUUCAUUGUCCGGAGAGGAGAGGGAAGCUCUUGUGUUACUGUGGAGAUGAAGUCUAAAGUACCGUGUGUGUCAGGGUACAACCAGUAUGGGUAUUUGAAGGCUGCAGCUAAUAUUUUUUUAGAAUGAAGUAAAUGAAAAAAAAAAAAAAAUUACAUUUUGUGCUGAAAUUCAAAAUUUGAAUCAUAGCACCAAGACACAAAUCUGUCCACUCCAUAUAUAAUCAAUCAUAGGGAAAUUUUGGAUUCAUGGGUGAAAUUAAAUUGUAUGAUUUACUGUUAAAUCACACAAUUUCCUGUGUCUGGAUCCCCUAAUACUGCAAAAGGGAAUAGUAAUUUGGAGGAAGUGUUGUGUGGGUGUCUAAACCUGUACGUGGCACAAAUGACUGAACUCUAAAGUGUUCCUGUUACUUACACUGUCUAUUAAACUUUUGUACUAUGUGACAUGAUAUUUUUUUCAGCUCAUCUCCCAUUUUUAUCUCCAGUAUUCAAACUGUGUGCCUUUAGGUUUACUGUUCCACAACCAAGUUAUCACCUGCUCUCAUUCUGUUUGUCAGUGGCUGCCACUAAAAGCAGUGUUUUCACAGGUUCUUUCAUGCAUGUUACAACUACAGCAUCUGUGUAGAUUCAGGUUACAGAGCUUUCUUUUUCAAUACAGUGAUCAUUGUUUACCUUUCUGUCCAUUUGUACCAAAUCUUAAAUGUUCCUUGUUUGAAAUAUGUGCUGAAAAGAGACUUUGUCGUUGGAUUUCAGGGCUUGCCAAAAAUGUAGUGAAUGUUUAGUUUUUUUUCUCUGAGACAAAUUGAUUUAUUUAGAUUUAUUUUACAUGGUACAUGAAUCUGUUGACUGUUAUUUUAAAUGAAGUUGUUAAGAGAGAUUUUGUAAGCCAAGAGGUUUUUUUUGUUUUUUUUUCUUUUAUACUGUUGUAACCACAGCUUUUCUGAUCAAGGACAGUGAUAAUCACAAACCCUCAGAACCGGUCUUUUUACUCUAAAGGUCAUCCAUUUCAUGUCCUGUCUCAAAUUACUCUGUAAUGCUAUGUGUUCCUCAAGUAAAGGCACCAUAGAAGUUA